AUGAUGAAAAGGCAGGCCUUCUUUGAAAGCAGCAUGCUGAAACUCGUGGUCCUCCUCCUGGCCGUGGGCAGCGCUGCCCCGCAGGAGAACGGAACUACUGCUGUGCUGGUUGAACUGGAUGGGAGCGGUCAGCCUUCGAUGGUUGCCGUGGCUAACGAUGGACCGUUCUCAAAACCUGCACCAAAGUAUGAUGAUGACGUCGAACAGGCCCUGGAAGCAGCAAACCUCACCAAGGGCGAGCGUGAGGAGGUGGAGAAGACUCUAGAUGAUUUUUUGAACAAGUCCAACAUCCCGCAGCGACAGGCUUCGUUAGUUCAGGCAUCCGGUCCUACACCUGGCCACACUGUAGCCCUGAAGAACCACACGGAGAUUGUCGCCAAGCGGGGCACGGACCCGAAGUUGAAGGCCCUCGAUGACCAGCAUGCGAAUCUUACGCACCUCGUCCAUGACCAGGCCGAAACUGUGGCGCACACUUCUGCGCACAUGAGCCGCAGCAAGGAGGACAUAGAUAGGCAGGCGAUGGAAGUCGACCGUGUUGCCGACCUCUACAACCAGUCACACACAGAAGCGAAAAAAGCUGAAGAUGCCUACAAGGCGCACCUGGUCGCCUUGGCCAUUGCAAAAAAAAGACGGGAUGAUCUUAAGCAGAAAGCAGAUGAUGCCCGCAAGACACUCGAGAAGGUGGUGCCAGAGUACAAUGCUGCCGAGUACCAGCUCAACAUCAUGAUGUCGCAGACGCCGUGGCUGAAGGACGAAGCGAGAAAAAAGGAAGCGGAAGAGGGCAAGCGUGCCGAAGAUCUCGAGAACACUGAAAACAAGAAGAAAGAGAUGCAGGACAAGUUGACUGGAGAUGAUAAGGCGCUCCAGGAUGCAAUUGCCAAGCUGAACAACCUCAAUGGUGAUCUCAAGCGAAUUGAGGACAGAAUAGAGCAUUGGAGCAGUGCGCCAGCUUUGGCGCCUCUGCCAGUGCUUCUGGCACUUCUGCUGUGCCAAGUCUGA